UCUCUAAACUCAUUACUCAUUUUAUUACUCAACACUCUAUUUUCAUAAACCACAACAAACAUGGCAAACGAAGUAACAAAUAAUCAAGGAUCACUCUCGGCAAAGGACUACCAUGAUCCGCCACCCGCGUCUUUUAUCGACCUAAAAGAGCUAACCAAGUGGUCGUUAUAUAGAGCCGUGAUUGCUGAAUUCAUUGCCACACUUUUGUUUCUUUACAUAACUGUUUUAACUAUAAUUGGUUACAACAGCCAAAUUGCUUUGGGUGCUGACCCUUGUGGUGGUGUUGGGGUUCUUGGUAUAGCUUGGGCUGUUGGUGGCAUGAUAUUUGUUCUUGUUUACUGUACCGCCGGUAUCUCUGGUGGCCACAUUAACCCAGCCGUAACGUUUGGUCUAUUUUUGGCUCGUAAGGUUUCACUGCCACGAGCCAUCCUGUACAUGGUGGCUCAGUGUUUAGGAGCAAUUUGUGGUGUUGGUUUAGUCAAGUCUUUUCAAAAGACUUACUUUAAUACAUAUGGUGGAGGUGUCAAUGUGUUGGCCGAUGGCUACAAUAAAGGGACCGGGUUGGGUGCGGAGAUCAUUGGCACGUUCGUUCUUGUCUACACUGUUUUCUCGGCAACUGAUCCCAAAAGGAGCGCUAGAGACUCUCACGUUCCUGUGUUGGCACCACUACCUAUUGGGUUUGCUGUGUUCAUGGUUCACCUAGCCACUAUUCACAUCACUGGAACCGGUAUUAACCCGGCAAGAAGUUUAGGAGCCGCGGUGAUUUACAACAAGGAAAAAGCUUGGGAUGAUCAAUGGAUAUUUUGGGUCGGGCCCUUCAUUGGUGCUGCAAUUGCGGCUUUCUACCAUCAGUUUGUCUUGAGAGCUGGUGCGAUUAAAGCCCUUGGAUCGUUUAGAAGCAGCACCCAUGUUUGAGAUUCGAUCUAUCUUUUGAGAAAAAAAAAACAUGUUUAGUUAUUUUGGGGAGGAAGUUCGGAAAAGAUAAAUAAAAGUGUUUGUAUGUGUAUGGAAA